UCGAUUUUUUUUUUUUUUUUUGCAUGAUGUAACAAAUAAUGUUUUCUCCAAGAAAAUAAAGUAAUUGUAGGGGAAUAGCACGGUGUCGUAUCCAGUCUACUUUCAAUGUAGCUGGACACGGGAUAGUUGGUCUGUUGACUCACUAAGAUUUAGCCAGCCUGUAAUUUACGCGUAGCUCUCCAUUUUUCAAAGGACAGUGAUGGACUUCAAAUGGACACUGAGUAAUUAAAUGCUAUGAAAUUAGGGGUGCCUAUUCAAUUGAAGGAUUUCUCAUUCAUUCAUACACGUUUUGCGCUAUAGCUAUGGAUAAUUUUUUCAGGAGAAAGAGGAUAUUGAAAACUCUCCUGAGCUUGUCUCUAGUUUUUGCGUCUUUCAUGAUGAUCCAAAAGUUCAAGCUUGUGGAUAACAGCAUCAAGGACGAUAUGGAGGUUAAAAGCAUGGGAGACACCGGUUGGUGUGUACCUGAGUGUGAUUUAUACAAAGGAAAACGCAUAUUGAAAAGCAGUUUGGGAAACUACUCGCCGCCAGUUAUUGGUGAUGAUUUGGAUGCGCCGCGGGUGACCGUCUCCAACGCUACUGCGUCUACUUGGGAUGUACACGUUAUGAACUGCAGUGAAGAUUCAGCCGUAAGGAAAAAUGAUUGGUUUCGACGUUUGGAUACGAGGUUCCACCAGUUUGUGUUGCACAGACAUUGUCGAUAUUUCCCAAUGUUGAUAAACCAUCCGGAUAAGUGCAGGAAUGGAGACGUGCACUUGCUCAUGGUGGUGAAAUCCAUUAUAGAACAGCAUGAUAGGCGAGAGGCCGUGCGUAAUACCUGGGGUAGGGAACAGACAAUUGAUGGUAAGAUAAUAAAAACACUGUUUCUUCUAGGAAGCCCUACAAAUGGCAAAGACACGAAAAACCUUCAAAAGUUGAUUGAGUAUGAGGACAAGAUAUAUGGAGACAUUCUCCAAUGGGAUUUUAUGGACACAUUUUUCAACCUCACCUUGAAAGAGGUUAAUUUUCUUAAAUGGUUUGAUAUUCACUGCUGCAGUGCCAAGUUUAUAUUCAAAGGGGAUGACGACGUUUUCGUGAAUACAAAUAACUUGCUGGAAUUUAUUGGUUUCAAGACUGUGGACCGCAAAGAUCUAAAUUUAUUUGUUGGGGACACCAUUUCCAAAGCCAUCCCCAUCAGAAACCGCCAGAGUAAAUACUACAUCCCCAAAGAGCUGUUUGACAGACCGUACCCACCUUAUGUUGGUGGUGGUGGGUUUUUAAUGUCCUCACAAUUAGCUCGCAGACUGUUCGUGGUUUCAGAGGACUUGGAGCUCUAUCCCAUUGAUGAUGUAUUUUUGGGAAUGUGCCUACAGAAACUACACUUGGUACCUGAGAUGCACCCAGGAUUCAGGACCUUUGGCAUCAUGAAACGCAGAGUGAGCCCAAUGAACAGCGAACCGUGCUUUUUCAAAAACCUAAUCGUAGUCCAUAAACUGAGCCCUCAGGAGCUACUCAUGAUGUGGAGCGUAGUGGAAAAUAAGGAGCUGGUUUGCGCCAAAAGGACUGCACCAUGAGUGUAAACCUACAGCUCAAUGGGACUCAAAGGUUAUGCAAAAAACAUUGUACAAUUGUACAAUUUAAUUGUAAUAUUUGUAUGUAGGCCUAGUAGGGCACACUACUGUCACUAAAAAUAUCCAACUAAGAAACAAUGUGAAAACAAUCAUGGGGUGAUUUUUUUAUACACAUUUUAAAUGAAUUACAUUUUUUCAUUUUCACUGACCUGUUUGUUAUUGUUUUUCUAAUGUAAAUAGGUAGACCCAAAUCCCAACAGGAAAACCAAAUAAGUAAAUGCACAUGCCUUAGGUCUAUACAAAAUGAACCACUUUUUCAGCCAAAUCUGCAAAUAAAUUGCAGCAUUUGACACUGAAAAGCCUUUUUAAUGCUACAGUUUUAUUAGUGCCUUUGAGUUUUGAGAUUAUGGAUGUGUUAGUAAGACUAAAAAGGUGGUGAUAACAUUAAAAUAUAAUUAGGGAAAGAACAAAUUCUAUAACAAAUAUUGAAUUAUAACAGAUUGUAACAGAUUCAAUAAAUAUGUAUUUGUUAUAUCAGUGUUUUACUGUAGCUGAGUGCUGGGUAAGAGUUGAGGGCUGCUGGGUGGAUAUCAGACACUGUAAUUGUUGGUGUAGAAGAUUGCAACAGGUGCCUCUGAAAUACAUCUUUGGCAUCUCAAACAAACCAGAAAAAGAGCAACAUUAGCACUGUCCAGCUUCAUUUAGCUUUAUUUAAUCAAACAUGGAUGCACAAAAUGGUUAAAAAUCUGCAGUCAAUAUGGAUGGAUAUGUACUCAAAAUACACAAGGACAAUAUAUACACCUACGUAAUUUAAUAAAUAUGAGACAAAGUUAAGUCACUUUCUGACUUAGCUACCUAUACAAAAUUCAAUGGCAUAUUAAGUAACAUAAGAAAAUAAAUGCAACAUUAUAAAGGUUUAGGGCUCUAUAAAAUUCGCGUUGUGGAGAACGGAUGGAAUCACGUAAACCAGACAUUACAACGGAAUUCAACAAUAUUCACAUAGCCUAUGUAUUGAAUUUAGUAGAAAAUCAACCAAAUCUAUUGAACUUACUAGAAAAUGCAUUCAUAUUGCCCAAGUGAAUCAUAAGACAUGAACAACCAUUUCAUGCAGAUGAAAUACCUGACGCAUUAAAUAAAUCACAACCGGGUCGAUGGUAACAUGAAAUGCCGGUACAAUUUUAUACCCUAAAUGCAGUGGUGUACAGUACUUAAGUAAAAAUACUUAAAAGUACUACUUAAGUAGUUUUUUGGGGUAUCUGUACUUUACUAUUU